AUGAGGAACUCCAUCGCACUAAUUGCUCUCUCCGCCGUUGGAGGACUAUGUGCUCACGGCGAUGAAGCGAGCACGGAGAUGGGCCCGGCUGCCUUUUUGUGGCCACCCGAUCGUCUCUGGGGUGCAGCAUACGACAACAAUGCGCCCUGUGGCUCAUCAACCGGGGCUGUGAACCGAACAAACUUUCCACUGAUCAACGGCAAGCUCGCACUUGUACUUCAAGACGAGUCAUGGAAUGUGCAAGUUGCGAUCUCCCACAAGAGCAACCCGACUACGAAUGACGACUUCGAGUCGUUCAUUAACGGCUCUGCUCUUUCUGACAUCAAGCCAGGACAUGAAUGCUACUCUGUCCCCAAUCCAUCUAUCGAUAUAGAAGAGGGAAUGAACGCUACCUUCCAGAUCAAAUACACCUCAGAUUUUGAUACCGAUAAAAACGAAACCUACUACGCGUGCGCGGAUGUCACGUACAUUGCAGCGAGCAAGUUCACCUACCAAGUCCCUUGUUUCAACGUGACGUCGGAUGAGUUUACCGAUGUUACAGCCACAACCACGGCCACAGCCGGGGCUACUGCUACUGGAGCGUCGGGCGCAACGAAGAACACAGAUACCACGAGUGAAAAAAGCUCUGGUCUUUCAGGAGGAGCUAUUGCAGGUAUUGUGGUUGGCUCAGUGGCUGGAUUGGCUAUUGGUGUUGCCUUGCUUUUCUUCUAUAGAAGGCUUUUGCAGAAGUAUCGCUUCUUCCGGCAAAAGGCUUCCACCCGAAAUGUGGACUGGAAUGAGGAGGCACCUCAGCACAAAGUUGACGAUGAGAUUCCAAUUGGGCUUCGUAAGAUUAGGUGA